GCUCUGCCCUGCCCUGCCCGGCCCGGGCCGCCCCCGUCCCCGAAGGGCGCCGCAGCGAUCGGGCGGGCGGUGCUGGCCGAGCCGCGAUCGCACCGCACCGGCUUCCUUCUCCUCCUCCUCCCCGUGCCCGCGCCGCCGCCGCGAUGGAGAUCGAGCUGCCGCCCGCCGCCCAGGACAUGAACUUGAUUGACAUCCUUUGGAGGCAAGAUAUAGACCUUGGGGCAAGGCGUGAAGUUUUUGAUUUUAGUCAACGACAGAAGGAGUAUGAACUCGAGAAACAGAAGAAACUUGAAAAGGAAAGAGAAGAGCAGCUCCAGAAGGAGCAGGAGAAAGCCUUGCUGGCUCAGCUGGAGUUAGACGAGGAGACAGGUGAAUUUGUUCCAGUUCAGCCAGCUCAGCGCAUUCAGUCAGAAAACACUGAGCCACCAAUCACUUUUUCACAGAGCACACAUACUUCAAAACCAGAAGCAGAGGCCUUGUCCUUUGAUGACUGCAUGCAGCUCUUGGCAGAAGCAUUCCCGUUUAUAGAUGACAAUGAGGCUUCUUCAGCUGCGUUUCAGUCAAUGGUUCCUGCUCAGAUUGAUAGUGACCCAGAGUUUAUUUCCCCUAAUCAAACUCAGCCACCUGAAUCACCUGGUAUAGUUCCACUUACUGAUGCGGAGAAUAUGCAGAACAUAGAGCAAGUCUGGGAAGAAUUAUUGUCCCUUCCAGAGUUACAGUGUCUUAACAUUGAAAAUGAUAACCUGGCUGAGGUAAGCACAAUCACAAGCCCUGAAACCAAGCCAACAGAGAUGCAUAACGGCUAUAAUUACUACAACUCAUUACCCAUCAUGAGAAAAGAUGUUAACUGUGGUCCAGAUUUCCUGGAGACUGUUGAGAGCCCUUUUCCCAGCAUUUUGCAACCAGAAGACAGCAGCCAGCUGACAGUGAACUCUUUAAAUAAUACAUCCACCUCAAGCCCUGAUUUUUGUGAGGACUUCUAUACCACCUUUAUUUAUUCAAAGGGGGACAGUGACAUAGCAACGACAAACACUAUCAGUCAAUCGCUUGCAGAAAUUUUAAGUGAACCUAUUGAUCUUUCUGAUUUCUCACUGUGGAAAGCUUUUAAUGGUGAACACUCAGGAACUGUACCAGAAUGCAACGAUUCUGACUCUGGUAUUUCACUGAAUGCAAAUUCUAGCGUAGCAUCACCUGAACACUCUGUUGAAUCAUCUGCCUGUGGAGAUAAGACUUUGGGUUGUAGUGAUUCUGAAAUGGAAGACGUGGAUAGUUCUCCAGGAAGUGUGUCACAGAGCAAUGCUAGUGUGUACCCACUGCAAUUCCACGAUCAAGUAUUUUCUUCUGUGGAGCCAAGCACUCAACCACCUGGCUUGCAAUGUACAAACACGCCAAAGAAAGACUCUCCUGCUGGUCCAGGCCACCCCAAAGCUCCGUUCACAAAAGAUAAGCCUUCAGGCCGCCUUGAAGCUCAUCUCACAAGAGAUGAGCAAAGAGCAAAAGCUCUGCAGAUCCCUUUUCCUGUAGAAAAAAUCAUCAAUCUCCCUGUUGAUGACUUCAAUGAAAUGAUGUCUAAGGAGCAGUUCAGUGAAGCCCAGCUUGCUCUUAUUCGAGAUAUACGCAGGAGAGGCAAGAAUAAAGUGGCUGCUCAAAAUUGCCGUAAAAGAAAACUGGAAAAUAUAGUGGAACUGGAGCAAGAUUUGAGUAACCUAAAAGAUGAGAGAGAGAAACUGCUUAAAGAAAAAGGAGAGAAUGACAAAAGCCUUCGUCAAAUGAAAAAGCAACUAACCACCUUAUACCUUGAGGUUUUCAGCAUGCUACGUGAUGAAGAAGGAAAAACUUACUCUCCUAGUGAAUAUUCACUGCAGCAAACUAGAGAUGGCAAUGUCUUUCUUGUUCCUAAAAGCAAGAAGUCAGAGACUAAACUUUGAAGGGCAGCACAGCUGGCUAGUGUUCUCCGAGUUACUAUUUUUGUAUCAUUAUCCUGAUAGCUUUUACUGUGAGGUGGAAUGCAGAAUUAGGUAAUAUUUUUCAAGUAAUUUCUAUGCAAUGAUGAUUUUAAAAUUAAUAAUUAAGUUUAAGGAAGAUGCAAGUUUAAUAGUGUAAUACAGAUGUAUGUAUGCAAAAUUUGUAAUCUCACUUUUUUAACAGGCAUUUCCUCCUUUUAGCACCACUUUGAGUAGUUUCCAUAUAUGUGUAAAUAUUUAAAGAUACCAUAUUUAUAUACUGUUUCUAUCUCUUGUUAUAGAUUUGAUAUAUAUAUAUAUAAAAUGAUUUUAGCCUCUAAAUAUAAUUUCUUGCAAGAUGAACAGUAUGGCUUCUGACACUUUAAAAAAAAUAAAUAUGCAAUAGCCUUUCCCCUUUUUCCCUUUUUCUUAUGCAUUUAUAUUUGCUUUAUAUUUAAUAUGAUUUUAAUUUAGUAUAAAAGUUGAUACUUACUGUUUGAUUUUGGUUUGUCUUACCAGUUCAUUAAACUUUUUUUCCACUCUACUUUGUAUGCAUUUAUUUCCCUAACGUAGAUGAUUUGCUGAUUCAGAUGUUGUCACUCGUUUUCCAAGGAUGAGUCUUCUUGCAGCAAAUAUGCUUAAUAACCAGAGAUGUAUCACACAACGUUGUCAUUGUUGUUAGUGCUUCAUCAUAAUUUUAACUCCUGUUUGGAAGGACUGUGAAAUACGAGUUUCAAGUGUAUGCUAAGUUUACAUAACUUGUUUUGCUCUUUGAACACUACUUUAAAAAGCUCAUUAUGAGAUCUUUCCUCCAAAGGCAUUAGAUAUAUGUGAAAUAAACCUUGUCAGCAUUAUGCAUUUUUCCAACUAAAAAUUCUGUAUGCUUUUCAGUAAUUGUUCUAGAAAUACAUUAUGCAUCUCUGAUCAGCAAGCAUUGUUUGUCACUGCUAGUACAUUUGAGGUCAUGGAAAGAGAUGUACUAACUUUGAGGCAACUGCACUAUUUAGAACCUGUUCUCAGCUAAUUGAAAAAUGUUGUGGAGUUUGAAAUUGAAAUAGGAUUAAAAAUUGGUCAAAUAAAUCUCAUUGAUUCAUUUACCCUUCAAAUGGACUCACUGUACUGAUGAUUGUGGAUUUUUAAUACAGAAAAUGCAUAAUUUUUAAUUUAAAAUACACAUUGAUCUGAACAUUAAAAACAUUUCUGUGAAACGUCUAAAAGGAACAUCUAAUCUGAAAUGUUUUUCUGCCACAGGUGCUCUGUAUCAUCUUAAGUAUAUUUUAUAUCUUAAAUAUUAUGCAUAAUUUCAUUCAAUAAACAUACAAGAUGUUCUGCAA